UUCAUUAGGAGGAAAAUACUGUUUUUAUUCUGUUUGCAUAAUUUUGCUUGAGAGUAUUUACGUGUGUUUAGGAGCAUCAUUCCAUUUUGGUCAGUGCUUGCAUUUUUCAUUUAGUGAGUGACUGUUGAGGUAAGUGCUUUCUCUGGGAGCUGGGAGGAAGGCAUUUUGAUUCAGAAAAGCUCUUCUAUUUAGGUAAAUUUAAGUUGUCCGAGUCUCUGAGGAUGUCGUCAGCAUUUGUUUCCGUGUUGGUAGCUGGGGAGUGUUCUCGCUCCUCCCCGCAGCUCUCACUCGCGCCCGUAGGUGGGGACUGCAUUCCCCUCGCUGUGUCUUAGGACCUCACACUGUUACUUUUAAGGAAUUCCUCUCCAGGUAGCACUUUCUAUUUUUUUUUAAACACUCCUGUGACAUAGAGCGUGGGAGCUGCAGCCAUUGGAAUGAGGGCUGCUGUGCUUCCCUUCCUUCUGUGCAGCGCCUCCUGCUGAGUCCAGAGGGGAGCGGGCUGUGCUUUCUCUAGAUGGCUGGAGGAGAAAUUCCACUGGGAGCAGUCGGCGGACGUGGUGACGUGGUGACGGGCAGGGAAGGCAAUCGGGCAGGGAAGGCAAUCGUUUCAAGUGGGGAGUGGGCCACAGGUGUUUGUGAGCCCUGGGAGUUUUUGACUGGAGUGAGCCUGCUCCAGGCCAAGUUGUAGGUAGCUGAGUGCGCGAGUGAUGGAUGAAUGGGGCUCUGAAGAAGAGGGCUGGGUGGGUUUCAGGGCUGCGAUCGGGCCCCACAGUAUGAAACCCUGUCCCAUAAGACAGUUCCCGACUGAGAUCUGGACUCCUGUCCUGGCUCCAUCUUGGCUCCUGCUGUUUCCCGGGGAGAUCAUGAAACGAGGUCGCCUUCCCAGCAGCAGUGAGGAUUCUGACGACAAUGGCAGCCUGUCAACUACUUGGUCACAGAAUUCCCGAUCUCAGCACAGGAGAAGUUCGUGCUCCAGACAUGAAGAUCGAAAGCCUUCGGAGGUGUUUAGGACGGACCUGAUCACCGCCAUGAAGCUGCACGACUCCUUCCAGCUGAACCCGGAUGAGUACUACGUGUUGGCAGACCCCUGGAGACAGGAGUGGGAGAAGGGCGUGCAGGUGCCAGUGAGCCCGGGGACCAUCCCUCAGCCUGUGGCCAGGGUUGUGUCUGAAGAGAAACCCCUCGUGUUCAUCAGGCCCAAGAAAUACAUCGUCUCCUCGGGCUCUGAGCCCCCAGAGCUGGGCUACGUGGACAUCCGGACGCUGGCCGACAGUGUGUGUCGUUACGACCUCAAUGACAUGGACGCUGCGUGGCUGGAGCUGACCAAUGAGGAAUUUAAGGAGAUGGGGUCACCUGAAAUGGACGAGUACACCAUGGAGAGGGUCCUGGAGGAGUUUGAGCAGCGAUGCUACGACAAUAUGAAUCAUGCCAUAGAGACCGAAGAGGGCCUGGGGAUCGAGUAUGAUGAAGACGUCGUGUGUGACGUCUGCCAGUCGCCCGAUGGUGAGGAUGGCAAUGAGAUGGUGUUCUGUGACAAAUGCAACAUCUGCGUGCACCAGGCCUGUUAUGGAAUCCUCAAGGUCCCAGAGGGCAGCUGGCUGUGCCGGACGUGUGCCCUGGGGCUUCAGCCAAAGUGUUUGCUGUGUCCCAAGAAGGGCGGAGCCAUGAAGCCCACCCGCAGUGGGACCAAGUGGGUCCACGUCAGUUGUGCUCUGUGGAUCCCCGAGGUGAGCAUCGGCAGCCCCGAGAAGAUGGAGCCCAUCACGAAGGUGUCUCACAUCCCCAGCAGUCGGUGGGCGCUGGUGUGCAGCCUCUGCAACGAGAAGUUCGGGGCCUCCAUCCAGUGCUCUGUGAAGAACUGCCGCACAGCCUUCCACGUGACCUGUGCUUUCGACCGGGGCCUGGAGAUGAAGACCAUCCUGGCGGAGAACGAUGAGGUCAAGUUCAAGUCCUACUGCCCGAAGCACAGCUCCCACAGGAAACCCGAGGAGAGCCUCGGGGAGGGGGCCGCUCAGGAGAACGGGGCUCCCGAGUGCUCCCCACGGAGCCCGCUGGAGCCCUUGGCCAGCCUCGAGCAGAAUCAGGAGGAGGCCCACCGGGUGAGCGUCCGGAAGCAGAAGCUGCAGCAGCUGGAGGACGAGUUCUACACCUUCGUCAACCUGCUGGACGUCGCCAGGGCCCUGCGGCUGCCCGAGGAGGUGGUGGACUUCCUGUACCAGUACUGGAAGCUGAAGAGGAAGGUCAACUUCAACAAGCCCCUGAUCACUCCAAAGAAAGACGAAGAGGACAAUCUAGCGAAGCGGGAGCAAGAUGUCUUGUUUAGGAGGCUGCAGCUGUUCACUCACCUGCGGCAGGACCUGGAGAGGGUUCGGAACCUCACUUACAUGGUGACCCGCAGGGAAAAGAUUAAGCGAUCUGUGUGCAAAAUCCAGGAACAGAUAUUCAAUCUUUACACUAAGCUCUUGGAGCAAGAAAGAGUUUCAGGUGUGCCUUCUUCCUGCUCCUCCUCCCUGGGAAGCAUGCUCUUGUUCAACAGUCCUUCUGUGGGCCCCGAUGCCCCCAAGAUAGAGGACCUGAAGUGGCAUUCUGCAUUCUUCCGGAAGCAGAUGGGUCCUUCCUUGGUCCAUUCACUGAAAAAGCCCCAUAAGCGAGACGCAUCGCAGAGCAGCGCUGGGAGUGAAGGCAAAGCCCUGCUGAAGCAGCCCGACCUGUGCGGGCGCCGGGAGGGCGCGGGAGUCCCAGAGAGCUUUCUGAGCUUCGAAAAGACCUUCGCAGAAGCGCGCCUCAUGUCAGCACAGCAGAAAAAUGGUGUGACACCGGACCCCGGGAGCAGGGGAGACCAUCGUUUUCAUUGUGAUCUCAGCAAGGGGGACGUGAAGGACAGACCUUUCAGACAGAGUCACAAGCCUCUCAGGCCCACAGAUGUGUCCCAGAGGCAUCUGGACGCCAGCAGAGCAGCCGCCUCCCCUGGGGCGGGGCAGCCGGCACCUGGUGCCAGGAAGGAGCCGGCGCCCAGGUGCAACGGCUCCCUCAGCAAGGGGAACUGUGACCAGACCGCAGUCAAAGUGCCUACCACACCUGCCAGCCCGGUGAAAAACUGGGGAGGGUUCCGGAUUCCAAAGAAGGGGGACCGGCAGCAGCAGGGCGAGGCCUGUGGGGGGGCCUGCCACCAGCACCCCGAGCGCCCCUACCUGGGCUCCGGCCGAGCUGCAGCCAAGGAAAGGGCGAAAAGCAAAUUAAAACCUGACAGCGAGAAUGACGGCUACGUCCCUGACGUAGAGAUGAGUGACUCCGAGAGCGAGGCGCCAGAGAAGAAAUGCACGCACGCCAGCAGCUCUAUCGGCAGGAGGACAGACAUCAUCAGGAGAAGCAUCCUGGCCUCCUGAUGACACCGAGGUGGCGCUGCGGCUUGUCACCGAGUUGCCGCGAGCGCUCUGACACAGGGACACGCGGAAACCCAGCUCUCCUGAGCUGCACACACACACACACGUUUACUUGCAAUUCAGACUGAAUUUUUUUUUUCCGGCAUUUAUAAAUUGUUGUUGAGAAGUGUUAUUCGCAACUUGUUGAGGAAACACAAGAGUCGAUUGUAACCGUCACACACUGCUAAGACCAGGAGCUGAGUUAAACACUAAAACAAGGAUGAAUGGAAUGAGCCUCUCAAGAGGGCGAGGCUUAAAUAAGCCUCACGAGUCUUUAUGGCCCUCUGUGUUCUCCCCAAAGCACAAACCUCUUGGUUACCUGAAUAGACGGAAUCGGACAUGGUUGCUGGGAAAGCCUCGCACACCGUUUAAUAGCCCAUAAAACCUGUUUUCUAGGACUGUGGUAGAUCUUGAAAUCAUAUUUAUACUUUGGCCCACAGGGCUGUUUUUGUUGCAUUAUAGUAUAUAGGCGUCAGCUCUGAAGCUUCAGGAACUCUAGGGAAUUCGUGUGUAAAUACACCCGAUGGGGAAGAGAGAAUUUAAAAUAAAGAAGGGUCCUCACGGGAAGAUCUGCUGUAGCGUGGAGGUUCGGGGUGAGUGCAGCAGCGUCUUGCUGCCCGCAGCCAUGGAACGCUGUGGGUUCAGGACUGGUGGAGGUGAGGCCAUUAGAAGGGUCUGUCUCUGAGAAAGGGCAGUUGAGGUCCCAUUUUUUUACCAGUCCUCUGACCUUCCUCUUCCCUAACCACUGCCUCUUGGGCCAGCUUGGGAUUUACCUGGCCACUGGCAAUAACUGGCCAUCUGGCUUCCAACAAGACAAUGGCUAUUCAAGUCCAAGCGAUGAACUGCCAGACUCUGGUGGGUCAUAUUUCCCAGAGCCAACCACUAGUGCAUAUGUUGGGGAAUCCGGGCUUCCAGCAUGAACGGAUUCCUUAAGAAAAAGGAAAAAAGAAAAAAAGGAAAAAAAAAAGCGCGAAAUAGGUUAUAUUUUAAAAACGAUAGAAAGGCAGUAAGUUGCGAUAACCUCUUACCAUUGACCAAGUUUAUACAGGAAAGAGAUUGACAUGUAAUAGGUUUUCUGGAGUCAGAGUUCUAGGCUCUAAUUCGUAACUUGGACUUUCUAAUUGCAAAUGGCAAUAACUAGUAAGUUAUCAGCAAUAAUAAAUUUAGCAUUAAAUUUGAGUACAAUGUUCUGUUUUUGCACUCACAGCAGUGCACAUGUAUUAAGACAGUGGAUAGUGUUAAGGUCCUGUUAAUUUUCUUUGGAAUUCAGUGUACUUGUGAAUCAAAUUUACGAGAAGGAAAGUUUAAAUAGCAGUGAGAUUUAGAAUUAUGGGUACUUGGAACAGCCCAGCUUCCUUUAAACUGCCCCUUAGUUUGUUAAUAUCAGUUAACAUCGGAUUCCUGGUUCAUUUAUGCAUCUGUUUCCAUGUGGCAGGGACAUUCCGAUCCGUAAUGAAUAAUGCUUUGAGUUCUGUAGUUAACUUUCAAGUCUUCCAGAUGUCGACAGCAAAAAAGGCUUAUUGAAUUCCAUCUUGCUAUGCAAGUUUUAUCAGAUGAUCGAAUAAUAGAUCUGAUGCAUCCCCAUUGUAUGUAUGACAUUUCCAAACCAAGUCUUAACUUUUUGAAUACAUUUUAGUAGCUAAUUCAGGGGAGGGGAAAGGAUGACCCAGGUUUUUAGAUUGACUAUUUUUGAGCUUUGGGGCUCAUUUUGAAAGACUGCUGUCCAGAUAAGCUGUUGCUACAGAUAUUAGAAGUUUCUUAUGAAUCCAAGUUGUACAUUCACUCAUAGCCUAAUUUAUUAAAAGUCAGAUUUUUCGCAUAUGAGCAAAAAACCUUUUGCUGAAUACAGAAGAAGGUGGACUCUGUCUUUGACUACGGCAGCAGCUAUGGGUGAGAGUAGAAGAGAUAGAGGGAUAAUCUGUCAAGCCAUAGAGAGAAAAUCUAAAUUAAUCCUAGUAAGUGUUUGGCCUCUCACCAUUUUAAGAGGUACCAGAUUCAUUUGCACUAUUAGGAAUGCUAGUUUUGUGCAAAAAUAAUGCCUUACCUGUUUUUCCCCCACAUUUAGGUUGAAAAGCUUUCAAGCGUUCCAAGUUAUGCUGAACCAAAAAAAAAAAAAAAAGAAAAACAAAACAAAAAAUAAAAAACCCACACAAAAACAAAAAAACACAAAAAAGCCCACACUUUUUCUUCCUACUUUGAAAUGCAAAUGGUAUAGAGCACGGUUUCUCUGACAGUAUAAUGAUAGCUUUGUGAGUUAGUUUCCUGUCCUGCUGGGAACCCCCUAGGAGGCCAUUGUAAGCAGCCACCCACCCGACCUACCCACUUGCACUCGAUUAGUAUGGAACCAUUUGCUCUUUUUUUUUUUUUUUCCCCUAAGCUUUAUCUUUCCUUGUGCAUCCUGACCAAGAAAUAUCUUUGAUUAUGAUCAAUGUAUUAUGUCAAAAUGUAGGCUAGUUAAACUUUUGUAAAGUUGCCUGGAAUGUCAUUUGUUAGGUUAUAAACAAAAUCUAAAUGAAGGUUAUAUGUGUUGUGUACAAAUCUUAAUUAUUUUGAAAUGGACAAACGUCAUUACAUUUGUAACCUUGUACAGAGGAUUUUUCACUAUGUGCCUAGCUUGGUGUCCAUUCAGCUAAAAUUGAAAAAAAAAAAAGGUGCAUGAAGAGUUAAAAAUCAGAAAUUAAACAAAGUAUAUGUAGAGAUGACUAUUUUAUAUGACAUGGCCCAAUCCUGUAUUUAUUUCUACCCCCUUUUUGAAAGUAUUUAUAAAACUAGUCGAGGACAGCUGUAUUUUUUUGUUGAACUAUUUAGUAGAAUUUGUGCCUUUUUGUCUGUAUGUGAAUAAAGCUGUACAUUUUUGCAAUACA